AUGGCAUUGCGUCCACCCGUUGUCGCUCUCAUAGUCGUCCUACUUCUACUUUCAGUGGCGGAUCUUGCUUCCUCGGAAAUCUCGCCGUCGCCCUCGCCGACCGCCGGUGGCCCGAUCCGGUCGCCUCCUGCACCCCCUCCGGUGAUUUCUUCCUCACAGACUCCUCUCUCUUCUCCACCGCACAAAACCCCUCUGUCUCCACCUCCCGAGGCGCCGUCCCAGACCCCGAUCCCACCCACGGCAAGGAUCCCCGCGCCAGCGCCCAGCGACGCGGUCCCGGGUGCGGCAGCCAGCGAGAGCGCAACGGGUGAUCAGGGAGGAGGCAGCGAUAUGGGCGGGAGGAAGAAAGCGGCGAUCGCGGUGGGUUUGAUACUGGCGGCGGGGCUCCUCGCGGCCGCGGCGGCUGUCUACAAGAAACGCCGUGACAACGUCCGGCGGUCCAGGUACAGCCACGCCACUCGCAGAGACAUUCUUUGA